AUGGCUUUCGACACCGUUCUCGUUGCCGGUAUCCUCUUGAGCUUCGUUGUUCCCCUCCUCCUCUGGAGACUCCAAUCCAGCCGUCGGGUCCGGCUCCCUCCUGGACCGGCGGGCGUCCCAAUCCUCGGCUCGCUGCCGCAGAUUGGUCCCAUGGCCCACGCCUCGCUCGCUAACCUCGCCGCACGCUACGGCCCCAUCAUGUACCUCAAGAUGGGCACCGCGCGGGUGGUGGUCGCCUCCUCGGCCGGCGCCGCACGCUCCUUCCUCAAGGCGCUUGACCUCCAGUUCGCCAACCGCCCUUUUGUCAUCAGCGGGAAGCACGUCACCUACGACGGCCAGAACUUCGUGUUCGCCAACUACGGGCCUCGGUGGAAGCUCCUCCGUAAGCUGGCUAACCUCCACUUCCUGGGCAGCAAGGCGCUGGCCGACUGGGUGCCGGUUCGCCGAGACGAGGUCGCCCGCAUGCUCCGCGGCAUCCUCGAGUCGAGUCGGGACUCGCGGCCAGUGGUGGUUCCGGAGGCAGUGGUGUGCGCGAACGCCAACAUCAUCGGGCAGGUGGUGAUCUCGCGGCGGGUGUUCGAGACGCAGGGGGAGGAGUCGAACCGGUUCAAGGACGCCAUCACGGAGCUGCUGACGGGAGUGGGGCUAUUCAACAUCGGCGACUUCGUGCCGGCAAUCGCGUGGAUGGACCUGCAGGGAGUGCAGCGGCACCUGCGCCGGACGCACGAGAAGAUAGACGCGCUGAUCACAGCGUUCGUGGCGGAGCACGAGGCGACGAAGCACGAGCGCGAGGGCAGGCCAGACGUGCUGGAUCUUGUAAUGGCCAACAGGGUCGACGCUGAAGGGGUGUCGCUUUCUGAUGUCAACAUCAAGGGCUUUAUUUCUGACAUGUUUGUUGCCGGAACUGAUACAUCCUCCAUCAUCGUCGAAUGGGCGCUCGCGGAGAUGCUAAGGAACCCAACCAUCCUGCAGCGAGCUCAAGAUGAGAUGGACCAAGUAAUCGGGAAGAACCGUAGGAUUGAAGAGUCUGACAUACCAAACCUUCCCUACUUACGAGCCAUCUGCAAAGAGGCAUUACGACUGCACCCUUCCACGCCGCUCAGCCUCCCACACUACACCUUCGAAGCAUGCGAGGUGGACGGCUAUCACAUCCCCCCGAACACACGGCUCAUAGUCAACGUAUGGGCCAUCGGAAGAGACCCCGACGUGUGGGAGGAUCCCCUGGAGUUCAAGCCGGAGAGGUUCUUGAGCGGUAGAAACGCCAAGAUUGAGCCACAGGGGAACGACUUCGAGCUGAUACCUUUCGGCGCCGGGAGAAGGAUCUGCGUGGGACUGCAUGCAGGACUGCUAAUGGUGCAGUACAUGCUCGGGUCUUUGGUGCACUCGUUUAACUGGAAGCUUGCAGAUGAGGACCAGAAGCUGGACAUGGAGGAGAGGUUUGGGUUGGUGCUUCCCAAGGCUGUGCCUCUUAAGGCGAUGGCUAGCCCUCGCCUUGUGGAAAGUGCAUAUAUCUGAUGUGACCAAGCACAAUACGUUAUCAAUAUUAUGCCUGUUAUCAAUAUAUAUAUGUAUAUAUAUAUAAAGGGAUUACUAAGAAAAAAAUAGGAUGAUGUAUAUAUA